AUGGAGAGUCCUCAGUCUGUCAACAGUCCAAGAAGAACACUGAGUCUAUCAAGACAACGGAGGAAAACUGUGUCGUUUCUCGAUUCCGAUGAUAAAAACAAACCCGCAUCUGGUUUAUCACCUGAUCAUGGCCCUAAGCCUUCUGAAGUUUAUGGUUUCGUCGGAUCUAUAACCACCGUUGUUGCUACAGUUAUUUUCUUGGUAUGGGCAUAUGUUCCAGAAUCAUGGCUACAUUCUAUUGGCAUAUCCUACUAUCCUAGCAGAUACUGGGCUUUGGCGGUACCAACCUAUGUGAUGGUGACCAUUGUAUUAAUGUUGGCAUUCUACAUUGGCCUUAAUUUCAUGUCAACGCCUUCUCCUGCAUCCAUAAACACAGUUUAUGAUGAAUUCAGCAGGGACCCUCUGUGUCAUGAUUUUUCAGAAGAGGGGGAUGAGAAGCCCAUUGAUCCCAUAUCUGAUAUUGGUAUCGACAGAAUCAAUGAUGCUAUGUUCAAUAAUUCAGCCUAG